GUGUUCAAGUCAUUCGCGCAAAGGAAAAAGUCGAAGCUGCAGCGAGCAAGCACGCACGUGAUAACGGGAUAGUACAGUGAUCGAGAAAAGUUUGUGUGUUCCUGAAUUUUGUUUCGUUAACCACCAAAGAAAUAGUCGUACAUACACGCAAAAGGAGAACGACAAACAAAAAGGUGCAAACAUUGUUAACAAGAGAAAAAGUGUUAAUCAAAUUACUAAAAUGAAUGUGGAAGAUUUUCGCAAAUACGGCAAGGAAGUGAUCGAUUAUAUAUGCCAAUACAGCACCAAUAUAGAAGAGCGCGAUGUGGCACCAACAUUGGAUCCGGGUUACCUGAAAAAACUACUCCCAGCGGACGCACCACAAUCGCCGGAAUCAUUCAAAGAUGUGCUCGAGGACUUUGAGCAGAAAAUCAUGCCGGGCGUCGUGCACUGGAACCAUCCAAAGUUUUUUGCCUACUUCCCCUCGGGCAAUUCGUUCCCCUCCGUCCUGGGGGACAUGCUGAGCAGUGCCAUUGGAUCGAUCGGCUUCAGUUGGGCCAGCUGUCCGGCAGCCGCCGAGCUGGAAACGAUUGUCAUGAACUGGUAUGCCAAGGCCCUGGGUCUGCCCAAGGCCUUCAUUUCGGAUGCGCCCGGCAGCACUGGCGGGGGAGCCCUUCAGGGCUCUGCCUCCGAGUGUGUGCUCGUCUCGCUGAUCACGGCGCGUGCUCGAGCCAUCAACGAGCUGAAGGGUCAGACCACAGUGCACGACAGCGUCUUCCUGCCCAACCUGAUUGCCUAUGCCAGCCGCGAGGCGCACUCCUGCGUGGAGAAGGCCACCAAAAUGGCGCUGGUCAAGCUGCGCAUCAUCGACGCUGAUGUGCAUGGACGCAUGCGCGUGGAUCUGCUCAAGCAGGCCAUACAAAACGAUGUCAACGCUGGCCUGACGCCCUUCUUUGUGGUGGCCACGGUGGGCACCACGGGAGGCUGUGCCUUCGAUGACAUCACAGAGAUCGGCAAGGUCUGCCGACAGGUGUCCAGCAUUUGGCUGCAUGUGGAUGGCGCCUAUGCUGGCAACUCCUUCAUUCUGCCCGAGAUGCGCGUAUUCUCAGCUGGCCUGGAAUACGCCGACUCGUUCAACACGAAUCCCAACAAGCUGCUCCUCACCAACUUCGAUGCCUCUGCCUUAUGGGUGCGCGACGUGAUGAAUCUCAAGAGUGCGCUCAAUGUGAAUCCGCUCUACCUCAGGCACGAGCACAUGAGCGGCGUGGACUACAGACAUUAUGGCAUACCGCUGAGCCGACGUUUCCGUGCCCUGAAACUCUGGUUUGUGUUCCGCAUAUACGGCGUAAAGGGUCUGCAGGAGUACAUACGCAACCACAUGGCCCUGGCCAAGAAGUUUGAGAUGCUGGUGCGAAAGGACGAUCGCUUUGAGGUGCGCAAUGAUGUCCACUUGGGUCUGGUCUGCUUCCGCAUGAGAACUGGCGACGAGCCCAAUCACACGCUGCUGGCCAUGAUCAAUCAUUCGGGGAAAAUGCACAUGACGCCGGCCAAAUUCAAUGGCCGCUACGUAAUCCGCUUCUGUGUCACCUAUGAGCAUGCCUGCGAGAAGGAUAUCCUAGAUGCCUGGAGCCAAAUCAAGUGCUUUGCGGAGGAGAUUCUGCGCGACAAUCAGCUGGAGAUCAGUUCUGCCCCAGCCUCACCAGAAGCAGAGCGCACCAGCUCAGAGCCGGCGGCACCUGUGGCCGGCAAGCCGCCCAUCAAGAAGAAGCUGACGAGAACCAAGUCGCUGCGCUUCUCCUUCACACGCAGCAUCUCGCGGGAACAGUAUCAGAAUCAGAGCGAGCAUCUCGGUGAUGGCGCUACACCGAUUCUUGUGGUAGACCCAAAAACACUGCAGCAGAACUUUCAGAAGGCGGCAGAGGAGAACGAAAGGUUAAAUAACAUUAAGAACGGAAACACCGCCAAUAGCAAUACGAAGCUCAAAGAUAUAUCGGAUGUGGACACCGACGAGGCGAGUAAUUGAGCGUGGCCUCUGGACAGAGGCUUUGCCCGAUUUACCUAGAGCUAGUAUUAGUUGUGUGUGGAGCUGAGAUGAGGCCUGUACCUAACGUUUUGCUGACGUUGAAUUUAAGUACACUUAUUUAUGCAUUUAGAGCCUAAGUUUCGCCGCUGAAUUUCAUUCGAUUCAACUAUGAAGUCAUACCAUUUGUAUUUGAUAUUAUUUUGUAUUUAUAUCUAGUGAACUAUCAUGAACAAACGCACUUAUUUAUAAACAUUUACUGGCAUUUGAUAUGCACAUUUUCUUAAA